GCUAUUGGAGGGCGGGGCCGAGCCUGGCCAGGAAAUGCCCGAGAGUGGGUGUCACCUGCAGAAACAACUUGUUGAUUCCCAGGAGCUUCGCGACUCCGACUGUGGCUCACCUGUCUCCAGAGCGCUGGGACGCUCGCCCCCCACUGCUCAGCCAUGAGCAAGUUGGGCAAGUUCUUCAAAGGGACCCGCUCCACUCGGGCCCGCCCGGCUCCCAGCGCCCAGGAGGCCCUGGCUCGCCUGCGGGAGACCGAGGAGAUGCUGGCUAAGAAGCAGGAGUACCUGGAGAACCGAAUCCAGAGGGAGCUCGCCUUAGCCAAGAAGCACGGCUCUCAGAACAAGCGAGCUGCCUUACAGGCUCUGAAAAGAAAGAAGAGGCUUGAGAAACAGCUCACUCAGAUCGACGGCACCCUGUCCACCAUUGAGUUCCAGCGAGAAGCGCUGGAGAACUCACACACCAACACUGAGGUCUUACGCAACAUGGGCUUCGCAGCCAAGGCCAUGAAAGCAGUUCAUGAGAACAUGGAUCUCAACAAAAUUGAUGACUUGAUGCAAGAUAUCACAGAGCAGCAGGACAUUGCCCAAGAAAUCUCAGAAGCAUUUUCUCAGAGGGUUCAGUUUGCGGAUGGCUUCGAUGAGGACGAGCUGCUGGCAGAACUUGAGGAACUGGAGCAGGAAGAAUUAAAUAAGAAGAUGACAAGCCUGGAGCUUCCAAAAGUGCCUUCCUCAUCCCUCCCAGCACAGCCCAGGAGGAAGGCCGGCGUGCCCUCCUCCACGCACCGCUCUCGAGCAGCAUCUUCCAGGAGGACAGAGGAAGACGAUGACUUCAAGCAGCUGGCGGCUUGGGCCACUUAAGCUGCAACGGAAGAAAUCUGACGCCUAAAUUAUUGAACUACACAUAAGACAUAAAUGCUUUCGCAAAGCUUAGAAAAUAGCAGGGACCCGUUUUAUAUGAAUUAUUGUCUUUUAAGGAGCAGUUAAGGUAUCGUCAGGGGCCGAAAGGGGCCAGUAGCUUUAUAGGAGACCCUGGGGACUUGUCUGUCUGCUUUAUUUACUUCAGUGUUUCUAGUUCUGGUACGUAGUUGAUUUUUUUUCUUUUUUUGUAUAUAUGCAUUGAAAGCAAACUGAAGCCGGGCGGUGGUGGCGCACGCCUGUAAUCCCAGCACUCUGGGAGGCAGAGGCAGGCGGAUUUCUGGUCUACAGAGUGAGUUCCAGGACAGCCAGGACUAUAAAGAGAAACCCUGUCUCGAAAAAACUAAAUCCAAAAAAAAAGAAAGAAAGAAAGAAAGAAAGAAAGAAAGAAAGAAAGAAAGAAAGAAAGAAAGAAAGAAAGAAAGAAAGAAAGAAAGAAAGAAAAAGAAAAAGCAAACUGAAUUUUACUGAUCUUUCAUACCUAUUCCUGUUUAUACACCAUCUCAAGGAGUACCUAGGGUAACUGGGGGUGGGGGUGGGGACUGUCUAUGCAAAUACAAGGCAGCUGUGUGCAUCUGGGUCACCCACAGUAAAAAUAAAUACAUGGCUAGAACA